CCUCGAUACCAAUCCCACACCAACCCUAGACACAUUGAAAAAUAUCUAUAGCCCCUUUCACUCCGCAUUUUGCACAUCUCACUCUCUUUUCAUCUUUCUUCUUUCAUCAAUGGAUUCUAUUACUCUUCUCUGCACUGCCGCCUUUUUAGCUGGUGGUCUUUACUGGUUUGUUUGCAUCCUUGGAUCCGCCGAACAGAAGGGCAAGCAUGCGGUUCAACUCUCUGGCGGUUCCAUAGCUAAGGAGAAAGUCCAGGACAAUUACGACCAAUAUUGGUCCUUUUUCCGCCGUCCCAAAGAAAUCGAGACAACCGAGAAGGUGCCCGACUUCGUUGACACCUUUUAUAAUCUUGUGACUGAUAUUUAUGAGUGGGGUUGGGGCCAAUCUUUCCAUUUUUCGCCAUCGAUUCCUGGUAAAUCUCACCGAGAGGCCACUCGCAUCCACGAAGAAAUGGCCGUGGAUCUCUUAAAUUUGAAGCCGGGCGCUCGUAUUCUUGAUGCGGGGUGUGGUGUAGGUGGUCCGAUGCGGGCGAUUGCAGCCCAUUCAGGGGCUAAUGUAGUCGGAAUCACCAUUAACGAAUAUCAAGUAAAUCGGGCGAGGGCACACAACAAGAAGGCCGGCCUUGAUAAACAAUGCGAAGUCGUGUGCGGCAAUUUCCUCGAGAUGCCCUUCGGUGAUAACAGUUUCGACGGAGCCUAUUCAAUUGAAGCCACUUGCCAUGCACCAAAACUGGAAGAUGUAUACAGCGAGAUCUACCGGGUUUUAAAGCCCGGAUCCAUGUAUGUCUCGUAUGAAUGGGUGACCACUGAAUUGUACCGUGGGGGCGACCCGGAACACCUGGAAGUAAUCCAGGGAAUUGAGAGAGGCGAUGCACUACCCGGGCUAAGGAGUUACAAGGAUAUCGCAGAGGUUGCGAGAAAGGUGGGAUUUGAAGUAAUAAGAGAGAAGGACUUAGCCAAGCCACCUGCAAAUCCAUGGUGGAGUAGGCUUAAAAUGGGGAGGAUUGCAUAUUGGAGGAAUCACAUUUUAGUUACGAUUCUUGCUUGGGUAGGGAUUGCUCCUAAAGGCGUGGUUGAUGUGCACGAAAUGCUUUUCGUCACUGCUGAUUACCUGACUAGAGGUGGCGAGUCGGGAAUUUUCACUCCUAUGCACAUGAUUCUUUGCAAAAAGCCUGAGAUUAAGUCAUCGUCAUAGAGAGUUUGGUGUUCAAUUUGAUCAUAAUAAUCUAUGUUAGAUUUUGUUGGUUAUUUGAAUAGAAAAUUUGCAGUCUUGAUUUCCUUCCUUAUUAGCUGCUUGUGUUUUAGAUUGGGGAGAUGCUGAUGCCAAAAAUAAAAUGACAAAUUGAGGAUGAAACGUGAGUCUCCAAACUUGAAUAUUUGUCUUGUAUUGUGUAGUUAUAGGUUAGAUGUUAAUUGCUGCUAUUUAUUGCACACGUCUAUGCUUUUAUUAAUUACUAGUGAAUGCAUGUGCAUUGCGCAUGUAGUGAGUGAUGUAGUGUAAGUAAAAAUGUUGGAUUUUGAUUU